UCUUAAAAACAAGUCAAGAACCAACAAAAUAAAUGGAUUCGAAGGAUCUUCCGGUCAACAUAAGAGAUGAUAAGAUAAGCGAAGAAACCAAGAAGUUGAUCUCUUCGCUUCCUUCAUACACAGUUUCCCAAGGGCAGAAGAUCUGUCAAUAUCAAGGAUGUUGGUAUUAUUACAACACCCUCCAAGGCGUUCUUAAUUUCCAGAGAGGUUUUCAACCACAAGACACCGAUAUUAUCCUUGCUUCUUUCCCAAAGUCAGGGCCGGCCCUGACUACUUGGCUCAAGGCUCUCACAGUUGCCCUCCUUGAGAGAUCGAAGAACCAUUCUUCCUCUGAUGCUGAUCAUCCUCUACUAUACGAUAAUCCUCAUGGCAUUGUACCAUGCUUGGAGAUCGAUGUUUACCGAGAGAGCUCAAAUCCUAACCUAGCCAAGUUCUCAGCAUCUCCGAGGCUGCUCUCGACUCACAUGCCACUGCAAGCGAUGCACGAAAAUCUCAAGCACUCUUCUUGCAAGAUUGUGUACGUGUGUAGGAACUUGAAAGACACAUUGAUAUCGAGUUGGUUUUUUGUCAGUGCUAUUCAUAAAAUAGAACCAAACAGAAGCUUUCUCGAGUCUAUUUUCAAAUCGUUCUGCAAUGGAACUAACUAUUAUGGACCUGUUUGGGAACAUAUCUUGGGCUACUGGAGAAGAAGCUUAGAAGACCCCAAACAUGUCCUUUUCAUGAGGUAUGAGGAAAUGAAAGCGGAGCCUCGUGAUCAGAUCAAGAAACUUGCGAACUUCUUGGGUUGUCCUCUUACUAAGCAAGAAGAAGAGAGUGGAUUUGUGGACGAGAUCUUGGACCUUUGCUCACUGCGUAAUCUGAGCAGUUUGGAGGUUAACCAAACCGGGAAAAUAAACAAUGUGGAUCACAAGUUUUAUUUCCGUAAGGGAGAAGUGGGUGACUCGAAGAAUUAUCUUACGCCUGAAAUGGACAACAAGAUAGACAUGAUUAUCCAAGAAAAAUUGCAAGGCUCUGGUUUGAUGUUCUAGAUUUAUAUGGCUUUGUCUGUUUCUUUAAUUCAGCAUAAUAAGAGUACUUCCCGUUGUUGUGUUUUGUUUUUACCAAUCCUGUUGUAAUGUUUCUUAAUAAUUUAUUAACUUCAAUGCCAACUCCUUUUUAAGACAAAAUACUC